AUGUUGGGGAGUGAAGUAGGAGCUUGUAGACAACUGCUGAAGUGGUUUAAAUGUGAUAAUUCUGAAUGGAAAGAGGAUGAAAUCAAUGGUAUAGCUCCUGAUGCCCUCAGGCCGAUACAACAAAGCUGGUGGUUUCUCAGACACUAUUAUCAAGUCCUGGCUUUUAUGUUUGCUAUAGAAGAAAUCAACAGGAAUCCCAAUCUUUUGCCCAACGUUUCUCUGGGAUUCCACAUCUACAAUGCUUAUCAAAAUGAUGAGAGGACCUUGGAGAGUUCCCUCAUGUGGCUGUCAGGCCAGGGACAGACCAUUCCAAAUUACAGCUGUGAGAGGCAGAGAAAGUCUGUGGUGGUCAUUGGAGGAGCCACUUCUGAACUGACUUUCUCCAUGGGAACUCUGCUGGAGCUCUAUAAGCUCCCACAGAGAUCAAAAAGGUGGUUUCUCAGACACUAUUAUCAAGUCCUGGCUUUUAUGUUUGCUAUAGAAGAAAUCAACAGGAAUCCCAAUCUUUUGCCCAACGUUUCUCUGGGAUUCCACAUCUACAAUGCUUAUCAAAAUGAUGAGAGGACCUUGGAGAGUUCCCUCAUGUGGCUGUCAGGCCAGGGACAGACCAUUCCAAAUUACAGCUGUGAGAGGCAGAGAAAGUCUGUGGUGGUCAUUGGAGGAGCCACUUCUGAACUGACUUUCUCCAUGGGAACUCUGCUGGAGCUCUAUAAGCUCCCACAGUCAUGUUUGGUUCUUUUACAGAUCAGCUAUGGUCUCUUUGAUCCACUCAUAAGUGACCCACUUCAGUUUCCUUCUGUUUAUCAGAUGGCCCCCAGUGAUACCUCUCUUCCCCUUGCCAUGGUCAGGUUAAUGCUGCAUUUCCAAUGGAACUGGGUGGGCCUUGUUGCCUCAGAUGACUCAAGAGGUGAGAAAUUCCUGAGAGACCUUCAAGAAGAAAUGGCCAGAAAUGAUGUCUGUGUAGCCUUUAUAGAAAAGAUCACCACUAGAAAGUCAUCAAAUAAAAACCUAUAUCAAUAUUUUGUACUCAGCAUACAUGUUUCUGCAGCAAAUGUGUUUGUCAUUUAUGGAGAUACAAAUUCACUUCUGAGCCUGGUGUUUGGGGCAAAUCCUUAUGUCCUUGCAAGAAAAGUGUGGAUCACUACCAGUCACUGGGAUAUUGCCAAAAAACCUGGUUAUAUCUAUUUUGAUAAUUUCCAUGGUGCUCUGAUAUUUUCAGAUCAGACAAGUAAGAUUCCUGGGUUCAAAGAUUUUCUGAAAACUGUUAACCCUGCCAGACACCCAGAGGAUAUUUUCCUUAAGAACUUUUGGAACUCAGCUUUUGAAUGUCCCUAUGUACAUGGGAAGGAAGAGGAGGAAGUCUGUUCAUCAAAUGCAUCUUUAGACAGCCUGAGUUUGAGCUCUUUAGAAAACAUUAUGUCUGACCAGAGUUACACUGUCUACACUGCUGUGUAUGCUGUGGCCUGGGCUCUUCAUGAGAUGUUCUUAGUGAGAUCAGAAAUGGAAUUCAACAUAGAUGGAGACAACAGGGUCGUUCCCUCCUGGAAGCUCCAUUCCUUUCUGAAGAACCUUCAGUUUAACAAUAGUGCUGGGAAGCUGGUGGUCCUGGAUAAGAAGAGGAACUCUGUGGCAAACUAUGAUGUUCUCAACUAUGUGACCUUUAGCAAUGAUACCGAAGUCCUAAUAAAAGUGGGAGAGUUUAUAUCCCAAGCUCCACUUGGCCAAGAUUUAACAAUACAAGAGCAUGCCAUUACGUGGUCGACAUGGAAUAAAAAGCUUCCUCAGUCCAGAUGCAGUAAAGUCUGUGGUCCUGGAUUCCAGAAGAAAGCCCAGGAGGGAAGUCCUGUCUGCUGUUUUAACUGUGACCCCUGCCCAGACAGACACAUUUCCAACCAGACAGAUGCAGAUCAGUGUGUGAAAUGCCCUGAAGAUCAAUAUCCCAAUCAGGAGAGGAAUCAGUGCCUCCCGAAAAUGAUGACCUUCCUGGAAUAUGAUGAUCCCAUGGGGAUGGCUUUGGCUUCUAUAGCUGCUUGCUUGUCUCUCCUCACAGCUCUGGUUCUCUGGGUCUUUGUGAGGUACAAAAACACCCCCAUAGUCAGAGCCAAUAACCGGGAUCUCAGCUACAUCCUGCUCAUCUCCCUUUUCUUCUGCUUCCUCUGCUCUCUGCUCUUCAUUGGUCGCCCAACAGCAGCCCAUUGCCUCCUCCGACAAACAACCUUUGGGGUCAUGUUUACAGUAGCCGUCUCCACUAUUUUGGCUAAAACCAUCAUUGUGGUUCUGGCCUUCAGAGCCACCAGACCAGGCAGCAGGAGCAGGAAAUGGAUGGGAAGCAGAGCCCCCAUUUCUGUUGUUCUCUUUUGCACCUUGAUUCAAGUCAUGCUCUGUGCAAUCUGGCUGCUGCUCUCUCCCCCAUUCCCAGAGGCAGACACACACACUGACCGUGAGCACAUCAUCCUGGGGUGCAAUGAGGGCUCCCUCAUUGCCUUCUAUUUUGUCUUGAGCUACAUGGGAGUCUUGGCCCUGGCGAGCUUCACUGUGGCCUUUUUUGUCAGAAAUCUCCCUGACGCUUUCAACGAAGCCAAGUUCAUCACCUUCAGCAUGCUGGUGUUCUGCAGCGUCUGGAUCACCUUCCUCCCCACCUACCAGAGCACCAAGGGCAAGAUGAUGAUAGUCGUGGAGAUCUUCUCCAUCUUAAGCUCCAGUACUGGCUUGCUAGCCUGCAUCUUCAUCCCCAAAUGCUAUGUGAUCCUUCUGCAGCCCCACAGGAACAUCAAGAACUCUUUAAAGAAUAAUGUCAAGGCUUGA